ACCUCUACGUUCAACUUCCGGCGACUUCCACCGGUGUAUGUGGGUAAACAUGGGUGCGCGGGUCACACGUAUCAUCCGAAACUUCAACCUAGAAAACAGAGCUCACCGAGAAAUCGCCCGAGAGAAACAGCGACCUGCACCCCGACAUCCAAACAGCACUCCCCGGUUCUCUGUUGCUGCUGGAGAUGAACAAGAUCCAUCCUGCAAUGUAUACCAGAAGAACGAUACCCUUCUAGCACAUCUUAAGUCCGUGUAUGUGGAGUCCACCAAUACAGCGGAGAUUCCAAGAGAACACAGCCAAGUGGGGGAAGCAGACCAUCGUCCUCAACAAUUCAGCCUGCCCUCAGAUUGUGUGGCUCUACAGAAGGACUUAAAUGCUGUCCUUGGUGUAACAGAAGUGCCGCGAGGCAAGCUAACUAUCACAGAGGCGCUGAAGGCUUUAAGCAGUCACCAGCAACAGCCACAAACAUGGACGCCAGAGAAAGUGGCUCAGGAAUAUUCUCUGGAUCUAAAGGAAGCAAAAGCUGCUCUGGAGUUCUUUGUCCCUUUCCAGGUGAAGAUCAUUUCUGCUAAGACUGAUAAGUUAAAACAUUUAAAGUAAUCUGUUUUAGCCUGAUGUCGGGCCCUCUAUCACUCUCACACCUGAAGCUUUCCUACCCUUCACUUUGUUCAUAUCUGGAGAUCACAGCUGUCUUGUUUUAAAAGAUAAAUCUUUGUCAAUAAAAUGAUGGCCAUGAUAACAGUCUUGAAAACGAGCCAUAGUUGGUGGCCUAUUUAAACAUUGUCUUUGCUGUCUUUUUUUCGCUGCUGUCAUCAACCCAAGUUUAAAAUAAUUGUGAGUACUGAAGAUACAUAUCUGAACAGUUGUGUUCCUUUCUUUCGCUCUUGGACAUAAGCACCCUACCUAGUAAGUGUCCACCUGAGGAUCACCAGGUGACCCUUCUGUUAAAAACCUGUGAUUCAUCACCCUCCAGUCAAUUAAUUACAACAUUAUUACAAUGAAUUAAUUGCAACAAAAACUUAGUUUAACAGUUUGCUCUUCAGACAACACAGAACCUUUGUAAGUGCACAAGAUCCUGAUCACACACAUAAGAAGGAUGUUUUUUUCUACACAGUGACCAGGGUUUCCAGUGCUCUGAAUGUAUUACAAAUUCUUAUAAAAUUGAAAUUCUCGUACAAAUAUUUUCAAGCCAUUAAAAGAGCUUUAGUUUAAAUAAUGUGGUAUAAAAA